AGAUAGAUUGAAGCCAUGGCAAAAGUAAAUCGAGCUCAGUAUACCUCCCCACCAGAUGGAGGCUGGGGCUGGAUGAUUGUGGCUGGCUGUUUCCUUGUUACCAUCUGCACCCGGGCAGUCACAAGAUGUAUCUCAAUUUUUUUCGUGGAGUUCCAGACAUACUUUGCUCAGGAUUAUGCACAAACAGCGUGGAUCCAUUCCAUUGUAGACUGUGUGACCAUGCUCUGUGGUCUUGGAUUGGCACUUUGUUACUCUCCAGCUAUUGCCAUGGUUGGCAAAUAUUUCAGCAGACGGAAAGUUCUUGCUUAUGGGAUUGCCAUGUCAGGAAGUGGCAUUGGCACCUUCAUCCUGGCCCCUGUGGUUCAGCUCCUUAUUGAACAGUUUUCCUGGCGGGGAGCAUUACUCAUUCUUGGGGGUUUCGUUUUGAAUCUCUGUGUUUGCGGAGCCUUGAUGCGACCAAUUACUCUUAAAGAGGACCACACAACUCCAGAGCAAAAUCAUGUCUGUAGAUCUCAGAAACAAGACUUUCAAUGGGCGUCUCCCUGUUCACCUUUGACCAAAGAAUGGGUACAGACCUGCCUUUGUUGCUCUUUGCAGCAGGAAUACAGUUUUUUACUGAUGUCAGACUUUGUUGUGUUAGCCAUCUCUGUUCUGUUUAUGGCUUACGGCUGCAGUCCUCUCUUUGUGUACUUGGUGCCUUAUGCUUUUUUGAGUGUUGGAGUGAGUCAUCAGCAAGCUGCUUUUCUGAUGUCCAUACUGGGGGUGAUUGACAUUAUCGGCAAUAUCACCUUUGGAUGGCUAACGGACAGAAGGUGUCUGAAGAACUACUGGUAUGUUUGCUACCUCUUUGCCGUGGGACUAGACGGGCUCUGCUAUCUCUGCCUCCCAGUGCUUCAAAGUCUCCCCUUGCUCGUGCCUUUCUCUUGUACCUUUGGUUAUUUUGAUGGUGCCUACGUGACCUUGAUCCCAGUAGUGACUGAAGAAAUAGUGGGGACUGCCUCUUUAUCAUCAGCGCUUGGUGUGGUGUACUUUCUUCAUGCAGUGCCAUACUUGGUGAGCCCACCCAUUGCAGGUCAGUUUCCAGAGAGAACCUCCAACCACCUCUUCCCUUUCUUGUGUUAUGUAGCAAGAGAACUAGAUCAGAAGGAUGGGGAAUCUGUGGCUACAGCACUGCCUGGUUACAACCCCACAUGA